AACGCAUGGGGGGAUCAUACAGGACACGAUCCCCAACUCCCCAGCCGGAGCAAUUAAGGCCGCCCCCCGCAACGCUCCAAACUCACCACCGCCACCAAUAAAAUCUCCACUCCUCCUCCCUCUCUCUCCGCCACACAAACACACGCACACACUCUCUCUCUCUCUCUAUCUCUACCAAAACGAUGUCGCACCCCAUCGCCGAGGCCAGCGAGGCGAGCCCCUUCGGCUCCCUCACGCCGGACGAGUUCUACGCCCGCCACUCGGUGAGCCACGGGUCCGAGUUCGUGACCAACCCCCGCGGCCUCCGGCUCUUCACCCAGUGGUGGACCCCUCUCCCCCCGGCCCCCACCCUCGGCGUCCUCGCCGUCGUCCACGGCUACACCGGCGAGUCCAGCUGGCUCGUCCAGCUCACCUCCGUCUUCUUCGCCCGCGCCGGCUUCGCCACCUGCGCCCUCGACCACCAGGGCCACGGCUUCUCCGACGGCCUCGUCGCCCACAUCCCCGACGUCAACCCCGUCGUCGACGACUGCAUCGCCUUCUUCGACUCCUUCCGCGCCCGCCACGCCCCCCCGGGCCUCCCCGCCUUCCUCUACGCCGAGUCCCUCGGCGGCGCCAUCGCCCUCUACGUCGCCCUCCGCCAGCCCGGCGCCUGGGCCGGCCUCGUCCUCAACGGCGCCAUGUGCGGCAUCAGCGCCAAGUUCAAGCCCCCCUGGCCCCUCGAGCACCUCCUCUUCCUCGUCGCCGCCGUCAUCCCCACCUGGCACGUGGUGCCCACGCGCGGGUCGAUCCCGGACCGGUCCUUCAAGGAGGAGCGGAAGCGGAGGCUGGCGCUCGCGAGCCCGCGGAGGACGGUGGCGCGGCCGCGCGCGGCGACGGGGCUCGAGCUGCUUAGGAUCUGCCGGGAGCUGCAGGGGCGGUUCGAGGAGGUGGAGGUGCCGCUCCUCAUCGUGCACGGCAGCGACGACGUCGUCUGCGACCCCGCGUGCGUGGAGGAGCUGUACGCGCGCGCCGGCAGCAAGGACAAGACGCUGAGGAUAUACCCCGGGAUGUGGCACCAGCUGGUCGGGGAGCCGGACGAGAGCGUCGACAUGGUGUUCGGGGAGAUGAAGGAGUGGCUCGUGGCCAGGGCCGCGGCUUCGGCUUCGGGAGCCGGCGGAGGUGACGCACGCGCCGCCCUGGACGGUGGGGCGUAGGACUGCGAACGGAUUAAAGAAUAAAAUUCUAAACCGGGGAAGCAAAGUGAAUGCGGGUGGCGUUGAUUUCGUGUAUCUGUUAAUUGAUAUGAACUUACUUGCGAAGAUCUUCUCUGUGGAAUUGGGUGGAUCGUGUGAUGAUCUUGCUUUCUUUUCUUAGCCGUGUUACAACGUGCCAUCACAUAAAAAAUCUUGUCUAUUGCUGGUGCAGAUGGAGAACAAGUAAUUAGAAGGAAAAAUUAACUGCUUUCA